UUCCGUUGUCAGGCUGACAUGGACAGGGAAGAGGAAGCAGCGGCGGUGCCGAUUGACGAGUUCAGUAAGCUACGGAUUACCGGUGUUUGGACCGUCUUGUUGUCUAUUCAGUGGUCAGAGCCAUGGCUGAUUGGGCUGCUAGCUUUUCAUGCUCUUUGCUUUCUACUCACCUUGACGACAAUUAAAUUCUACAAGUUCCAGAUUGCUCAUUUCCUUUUUAUGAUUGUGUUGGUAUACUGUGCAGAAUAUAUUAAUGAAAUGGCAGCAAUGAACUGGAGAUUAUUUUCCAUGUACCAGUACUUUGACUCCAAUGGGAUGUUCAUUUCACUUGUCUUCUCAACUCCACUUUUACUGAACACAAUGAUCAUUGUGAUCGUGUGGGUGUACAGAACAUUGGCAGAAAUGACAGAACUGAAGUCACUAAAGCAGAAAAGGAAAGCAAACAAGGAAAAGGGGAAGAAAACUGCAUAAUACUAUUUUUGUUACACUUGUUCUGAAAAGCUGUGCAUUAAAUCUCUCAAUCAUUUGGGAUUUUUUUACUUCCAUUCUCUCGUGUUAGGAAAAAAAGCUUGAAUCCAAACCAGGGAUAUGUUAUCAAUGCAAGUUGUUGUUUACACUAAUAUUAGUGAAAGGAGGAAAAUAUAUCCUUUGAUGUUAUAAAUCUCUCUCCAGUGGUAUCAAGCAGAAGACAUGCUUGUUGGUUAAAGUUGGUGACGUGACUGGAAAGCUAACAAGUUAUCUGACAAAAUUGGCCUUGAUUACUCAGCAUACAAUGACUUGCGGUUUCAGUUUUUGUUUUCAACACUGCCGGUGCAGAGUUUCAUGUAGUCAGGGAGCAUAUGACUAAAACUAAUGGCUGCAAAAUGGUGAGUGGUAUUUGUUUGAAUUUUAGAUAUACACCUGUGUGUGUGAAGCUUUUCAGUGGAAGACAUAAUUACCUUUUUUGGAUAAUUGACACUUUGGUCCAUCCUUACAUUUCGCAUCAUGGUGAAUUCCAUGUUUUGAACGUGGUCUUGAGUUGGUGCACAGUACAUACAGGACUGUGAUUUUUUUAUAUCUGCUUUAAUCAUCAUUGUGUCUUUUUCACUCAUGUGUUUAUCUUCAAAAAGGGAUUAUUAAAUAUGAAAGCAGCUGAUCCUGGAAAUGAGUCCAGCACAACGUGGAACAUUGCAUAUGGAAUCUAUGUAUAUAUGGGUGGAGGGGCUACAGUGGCUUAGUUAACUCCCAUCACAUUGGAAGCAGGGGUAGAUUUAAUCAAAAUAUCUGCAAGGGGUGGUAGGCUAUUUGUCCAAGGUCUUAUUAGAGGUGCAUAAUCAAAGGAAUGCAGCCAUUUUAGGAGCAGUUUGAGAAGGAAAAUGGCCUUCACUAUCCAUGUGGAAUAUGUCUCUGUAACUGGAUGCUCUCACUGGGAACCUUUAGUACUGGACCCACUAGAGAAUACAGUCCAGUGAAGGUUGCAUCAUUAAAAUAUAAUAGUGGAUGCCAGAAAAGGCUGAAGUUUUUCUAAGCUUUUGGGAAUCCAGGCCUGAACCCUCAGAUGGGCUGCACUGGCCAAUAUCUUGACGUACUCUACAUCCAACUAUGAUUUCCAGGCCAAGGACGAGGACAUUCAUGCCCUUCCUCAACCCCACAUGCUACUGGUGUGGUUUUCCUUCUUUAGGAAAGAACUUCUAUCCAAGCCAAACAAAUCUCCAUGGGAACUGGAGGAAUUGGACAGGACCCGGAUUGUCUGGGUUCCAGCCUGGUUUCUGGUCCUUACGUCAAACUCCUGCCAGACAUACUGUAUGGUGGAAAGACCACAGAUUUUAUGCUUCAAUCUAUCUUGUGUAAAAAUAAAUAAACAUACAUCUGAAAUGAA